UGGACUGUCUACAUGUCUGCCCCCAGGCCACCUUCAGCUCUGAGCACGACGCAGCCAGAGAUUCAGGUGAUACGACUACACAAGGCAGGUGGUGGAAUGGGUCUCUCCAUAGUCGCAGCGAAAGGCGCGGGGCAGGAACGCCUAGGAAUCUACAUAAAAUCCGUCGUGCCAGGUGGUGCGGCUGACAGAGACGGCCGGCUUGCUGCUGGUGAUCAAUUGCUGUCGGUAGAUGGUCAGUCGUUACUUGGAAUCACUCAGGAGAAAGCUGCGGAGUUUCUGCAGAGGACGAGCAGUGUCGUCACACUGGAAGUGGCUAAAGCCGGUGCUGUUUAUCACGGAUUGGCUACGCUGUUGCAGCAACCGAGUCCGACGCCACAUAGGG